UGACCUGUGUGAUGCCCGUGAGCUCCGUGCAGAAGUCUGAUAACACCGGAUGCUCCUGCGGCUGGACGAAGGUGUGGAACUCGGACUCGACCGCUCCGUUCGACACGUUCAGCAGGACGGCUGGAAACUCGACUGUGUGCUGACGUCAUGACGCUUUACUGAUCCGCUGAUAUGGUCACAUGAUAAUCAGACUGAAGAAGAGUAUCAUGAAGAUCGAAACACCGGCGGAUCCACAGAUGGAAUCACCUUCAUCAUCCUCCUCAUCCUCCUCGAGCAGUAAGAGGAGAGCAGACAGUGUGAUGUCAGACUGUCAGAAGAGACUCAAGCUGCAUCAGGAUGUGCUGACGGUGAAGGACGUGUGUGAUCUGAUCCAGUACAUCACACUCAAGCGCUGUAACAGAGUGAAGAAGCCCAGCUGGUUCAGUGUCAGUGAUGAUGCGCGUCUGUCCCGCGUGAACGUGAUGAUCCUGGACGGACUGACGCAGAGUCACUUCUACAGAUACUUCAGUCAGUUCAGACACCUGCAGAGAUACAGCUCAAGAUGGACUCUGGUGUCCUCGUCAUGUGAUCCGCUGACCUCUGACCUCCUCAGCAGUAAGGUCACCGUAGAAACGCACAUGCCACUGCCGGCCUCGCUGAUGUGUCAUCCUGUGAUUCGCCGCUUCGGAUCGAGCGCCGCUGGGCUGAGCAGCUUCCUGCUGACCGAACAGGAAAUGAUCAAACACAACUUCCCUGUGAAGGGUGGGCGGGGCUGUGAGGGGUUCGUGUGCACCGAGAGCGACGGGCGCGUGACGGACGGCAGUCCUCUGUUCGGCCUGGACUGUGAGAUGUGCUUGACGACUGAGGGGUUAGAGGUCACGCGUGUGGCGCUGGUGGACGCUGAUGGACGCUGUGUGCUGGAUGAGCUCGUCAAACCACCGAACCGCAUCAUCAACUACUGCACCAGGUUUUCUGGCAUCACUCGCUCGAUCCUGAAGCCCGUCUCCACGCGUCUCGUGGACGUUCAGAGUAAACUCCUGCAGCUGCUGCCGCGGGACGCUGUGCUGGUCGGACACUCUCUGGACGGAGACCUGCGUGUCCUUCAGAUGAUCCACCCUCACGUCAUGGACACGUCUCUGCUGUACCGUCAGGAGUUCGGCCGCAGGUUCAAACUCAAGCGUCUGGCUCAAGUGAUUCUGAACCAGGAGAUCCAGUCGGAGGACCGCAGAGGUCACGACCCCUGUGAGGAUGCGCUGGCUGCUCUUCAUCUGGCUCAGUACUUCAUCAGGAAGGGACCCAGAGAGGUGCUUGAGGAUCAUCAUGAUGAAUUGUGGGAUUUUCCUGAGAUCGAUGAUCAUGUGAUCUCGUCCGAUCAUCAGCUCAGCUCUCUCAGCUUCGGCCACGCCCUCUACGGAUCCGGCCAAUCAGCAUUGUUCCUGGGCGGAGCAGCGGAGACGAACGGCUCUGUGUCCAAUCAGCAGUGCCGGAGACAGCAGUGCUUCAGUGACAGAGAGGUGGUGUGUGUGUUCAGACGGCUGGUUCAGUCGUAUUCACUCAGUGUCCUUCGGUUCUCGUCGUUCAGCAACACACUGAAUCAAACGACAGCGAUGGGACGACAGCUCCACCUGCAGCAGGUGUGUGAGCGUCUGAGGCAGAUGUGUGUGUUGUAUGUCGGCCUGCUGCCCGCUGACAGCACAGAGAGACACGUACACACACUACUGAAGCGCUGCGGACGCCUGCGGACCGUACGACUGCUGCACCACACACACGGGGUUCAUGCGGAGGUCGUGUUCGAGCAUCUUGAAGGAGCUCAGCUCGCUCUAGAUCAUCUGGAUGGACACCAGAUCAACGGCUGCACCAUCAAGGUGCGGCGUCCCGUACACGAGCUCUGUCUGGAUCUGGACGAGCGUCUCUCUGAGCGUCUGAACGACCAUCUCAACAGUCACAUGAUCUACGUGUGUAAUCUGUCCACUAAACCGCAUCGCCAUGACGACCUGCUCCAGACCUUCAGACAGUUCGGCCCCAUUCAGCAGGUCACCAGCGCCGCAGAGCAUGCUGGGAAACGCAGCAGACACGCCUUCAUCAAGUUUAAGUGCGCUGACAGCGCUCAGGCCGCAGUGGGCGUCGCCCUCCAGAUCGGCAGCAGGAAGUUGUCAGUCUGUCACGCUCUAACUCCGCCCCACAUGACCUCAUGGAUGCACACACACCCUGUUGCUACGGAAACCAGCCCAGAGACGGCAGAGGAGAGGGAGGAGUGUGAUGUGUCAUGUGACCUAGAGGAGCCACUGCUGGAGCGUCAGAUGAAGAAACUGGACGGGAGAGUGGGAAAAGUGUUUCGAGCGCUGGAGAGGAACUGCCUGAGCGUCGUGAUCCUGCCUGGAGACAGCAGCGGCGGCGUCGAUCAUCCCGGCCUCUGCUUCAUUCACAUCAAACAGACGUGAGCAGCUGCUGUGACUCCGCCCAGCUCGCCUGUGAUUGGCUGAAGAGAUUGAGACAGUUUUUAUAUCACACCUGUGAGCAGAUUUUAAUGUUCAGAAUAAACAUGUCUGAAGAGAGCAGAUGUGAGGAGUUCUGUCCUGCUGAAAACAGAUUUCAUUCACAGAUGAAAACUCCUCAGCUUUUUGAGAAGUGUUGUUCAAUAAGUCCUGUACAGCGUUUCAUUGACUCCCUGCUUUAAACUGUCUAUAAAGGGUGAUAUUUUAUGUAUUUGAGAGAACUUCAUCUGUUCAUCUGUGUCUUUAUGAACUUUUGGAAGCAUCAGAGACUGUAAAUGGAGGACAGAAAUCUCUCAGAUGAAGAUGAACGAUUGCGUUUGUGCUUUUAUAAAUGUGAAAAAAAUGGAAAAGAGCGCAGGGUGUCGAGUUGUGUUUUUGGAAAUUGAACUUUUAAAAUCAACAGACACACACCUGAUUAAUACACUAUAGAUAAUAACCUCUUCUUCAUCAACUAUAGGCUAGGACAAAGAAUUUAUAAAGAAUUUUUAAUAUAAAUUACUGUAUUAUUUGACGUUUAUAACAUGAGUGAAUGUCACAAAUAUCGGGCUGAAGCCACCAGAGGAGCAGAUUACAGGAGGACAACAUGUCUGUUAUCAUUGAAGCUACUCUGAGAUGUCUGAAGUCCGCCAUCUUUUGCUUCAUAUUUAUUUGCACUCCAUUAUGGACAAAAAAAACAAACAGCGAGACAUCCUCAAAAUAUCUUUUAUGUUCAAAAGAAGAAAUAUGGAGCGACAUGAGGGUGUGCAAAUGAGGACAGAAUUGUCACGUUUAGGUGAACGUCUCUAAGAUCAAUGCUAAAGCGUGCCCCUGAAGGCCCUCGGUUACCGUGAUCUAGAACCUGUGAUGGAAAUAUUUUAUGUCAACAUGAAAUGCACAGAAAAUGCAGACUAAGGAUGCUGAGGUCAAAGACCAGUCACAUGAUUAGCUUAGAUCAUUACAAACCAAUCACCAGAACUAAUCACAAUGAAGAAGACAUUGAUUUUUACUCAACCGUAAGACUUAAAUGUGCACGUAUCUUUCACUCUGUUGUGACGAGUGAUCUCCCGGCCGUAAAUAAAACUUCAUUUCUGCAAAGAGCAA